AUGGGUUCUGUCGGACUCUACGGCCUCGCAUGGCAAGUUGCAGUGUCGGCAGCUGUUGCAGCUUUCGGUGUCUUCGCCUUCAAGAUGUACCAGAUGCGCAUCAUCUUCUACAAGCUCAAGAAGCAGGGUCUGCCAAUGCCCGAGUGGGACUUUGCAGCUGGCAACCUCAAGACGCUGCCGGGACUUCUUGAAAAAUUCCCCAAAGGCUCGCAGCAAUCCGAUGCUUUCUCUCUGCUCUCCUACGACUUCAAGGAAAAUGAUAAUUGCUUCUACAUUGACCUCUGGCCUUUUACGAGCCCGUUGCUGGUCGUCACUUCCCCAGAUCUUGCCAUGCAGGCUUGCGGCCCGGAACAUGACCUCCCUAAGCCAGCAAUUCUCAUUCCGUUCUUUGCACCGUUUGCAGGUGGACCAAACCUGUUUGACAUGAAUGGCGCUGAGUGGAAGCGUUCGAGGGCUCUCUUCAACCCCGGUUUCAGUGACAGGGUCAUGCUCGAGAGCACGCCGCACAUCAUCGAAGAAGCUGAGGUCUAUGUGGCACUGCUGCGGGAACAUGCGAAGAAAGGUGAUACUUUCUCGCUUGAUCGACUGACAUGCGACUACAUGAUGGACUUGAUUGGAGCUAUCACCAUAAAUGCUCGCCUCCACUCAAUGACUGGACACAACGACCUUGCCGCUGCUAUGAGGAGUUCCAUCGAAUGGCACUGCCAAGAUGAAGAGAUGAACCCGUUCAAGCGCUGGAACCCCAUGAGGCCGCUGAUUGAAUGGCAUAAUGGCAAGACCAUGGAUCGCUACAUCAACACCGAGUUGGACAAGCGAUACGAGGACUGGAGGACCAACGAGCCAGACACGCGUGCCAAGUCAGUCAUGGAUAUCGCAAUUGCAGCAUACAUGGGCGAGCGCAAGGCUUCUGAGAAGCUGGACGCUCAGUUCAAGAAAUGGGCAACGACGCAGAUUCGUCUUUUCCUAUUCGCUGGUCACGACUCAACUGCCGCUACCAUUGUAUACAGUUUCCACAUGCUGUCCAAGUACCCUGAAGCCCUGGCCAAGAUCCGUGCCGAGCACGACGAGGUCUUUGGUGGAGACGUCGACUCUGCUGUUGAGAUAAUCAAGGAGCGCCCAGAGCAGGUGAACAAGCUGCCAUACACGACUGCGGUGAUCAAAGAGACUCUUCGCUUGUUUCCUCCAGCUUCAGGUAUGCGAGGCGGUCGUCCUGGUGUUUUCCUACAGGACAAGAACGGUACCAAAUACCCCACUGAAGGCCUCAACAUCUGGGUCGUUCACGGCGCCAUCCAGCGAAACCCCAACUACUGGCCUGAACCCCACAAUUUCAUUCCUGAGCGCUGGCUCGUCGAACCUGGUCAUCCUCUGUACCCUCCAAAGGGCGGCUGGCGUCCUUUUGAGUUUGGCCCGCGUAACUGCCUAGGCCAGACCCUUGCUAUGCUUGAUAUCAAGAUCACCCUGGCUAUGACGGUGCGUGAGUUUGAUGUCAAGGAUCAGUACGAUGAGUGGGAUCGACAGGAUCCGUCAUCUGGUAUCAAGACAGUGUUUGGUGAGAGGGCGUAUCAGGUUCCUCAGGGUGCAGCACACCCGGUUCAUGGCUUCCCUUGCAAGGUUACGAGCCGUCGUUCAGAUGACAAGGCUUGA